AUGCCAUGCCAGACUAGGGAGACAUUCUAUAGACAGAGUGCAUUCAUUUUCCUGUUCAACAUGUGCUAUUUGUAUCGUCUUUUGUUUCUUCUGAUCUGGGGCACUUCUUUCGUUCUUGGGAUACCAAGAGAUCUUUUGUAUAAUUAUGGGCCUACAGAGGAUGAUAAGGUCCUAAAAGGACAUUCAGUUAAUACACAUGGACUUAUAUCAUUUCUAACGGACAUACCAGGUUUUGUGAAUAUUCAGUUCCCUUUGGAUUAUCCUGUCAUAGCGCCGUUUUAUGCAAAUGUGGAUAUUAAGAACACCGGGAACGUGUAUUUCAGAGAAACAAAGAACGAUGCUCUUCUGAAAAGAGCUACAGACAGAAUUCGCAGUGCUUUUUCUUCUGGUAAAUUCUUUACUGCUACUAGUUUGUUCAUCACCACAUGGAAUGAAGUAGGCUACUACAAUCUCGGAAGUGAUAAGGUGAGUGUUCAUGAAGUGAACACUUUUCAAGUAGUUGUAGCCAGUAACGGAACAGAUUCCUAUGCGGAGUUCAUCUACCCCGAAGGUGGUAUACAAUGGAUUGAAGGAGCUAAUCAUGAAUCUCGAUUACCGGAUGCCCGUGCUCAAGUAGGAAUGGUGGCAGGUGAUGGACGUUAUUACACAUUACGAACUUCUGGACGAGAUCAAGUUCAACACAUUGAAAGGUCAUCGAAUAUUGGAAUACGGGGUGUAUGGAUGUUUCAUAUUGGCCAAGUACAAGCAAAUGGAAAUGUUAAUUCUCCGGAUUUAAUAAAGUCAGAUCCAAUUGAGAGUGUAACCUGUGCUGCACGUGGAUCAACGACCUGUCACAGCAAAGCUCAGUGUUUUGACUUCGAAACAGGUUUCUGCUGUGAGUGCAAGAGUGGUUACUUUGGCAAUGGCAUCAACUGCUUAACAAACGGUAAAAUGUUUUCACGAAUGAGUCAUUUCUUCAUGCUGGAAGGAGUUCCUGUUCAACAUCCAUAUGAAAUGGAACAUGUAGUUGAAUACGUAGAGUGUAAAAACCAUCCUCUUAACUUUACUACUCUGCAUAUGAAAAUCACGAGAAACUUAGUAGUCUAUGAAGCGCAUGAUGAAAUUGUGCGCUAUGGAAUGACAAGCAAGAUGAUGUUUCCACAAGAUCGCGAUCCUUGUGAAGAAGGUCGGAAAACAUGCAUAAGACACAGCUCGUGUGUUGUGGACGGAGAUUCCUACAAGUGUAUUUGUCAUCCUGGGUACCAGUAUAUCCUGUUGGAAAAUUCUACAGACGCUGCGUGCGUGGAUGUGAACGAGUGUGCUUCAGGAAUAAACAAUUGCCAUUCUUACGCAGAAUGCAUCAACGAAGAAGGAAGUUACAGCUGCCGUUGUAAACCCGGUUACAACGGCGAUGGUCGAUUGUGCGAAGCAGAAGACUGCAAUGUGGCCAACAACUGCUCUCCUUUCGCCACGUGUCAAUUUGAUACGCUUACCCAGAAAUACACCUGCGUUUGCAUUCCUGGGUACUAUGGAGAUGGAUUAAGUUGCUAUGAAACAGAUUCAGUGACUGCAAAUUGUAACAACACCGACUGCUGGUGCCCUUAUGAUUUUGUAUUAGAAGGUUUGAUGUGCUUAAAGAAGAAAACAAACGAUAUUUCCUCAGAAGAAGUAAAUUUCGAUGAGUCGUGUAUAUAUACAGGCAUUUGUCCUCCACAUUCUUCAUGUCAAUACAAUGAGGAGAGUGGAAGACAUGAAUGUCGCUGCGAUGAAGGAUAUAAUUUACAAGGAAGUACCUGCGCACUUCAAGAACCCCAGCAAGAGUGCGAAAACACGUGCCAUGAGAACGCUCAUUGCGCCUACGACACGUUUAAGAAAAUGUUCAAAUGUCGCUGCAAUUUGGGGUACAGAGGAGAUGGAAUACAUUGUGAGAGAGAAGUCACGCCGUGCAAUUUAGUGAAUAAUUGUAAAACAGGAGAAGAAUGUGUCUAUGACAAGGUUGUUCAAGGAUACAAGUGCAAAUGUAAGAAAAGUCAUCGAAGGAUGGGAAACCGUUGUAUUCCAGAAGAAACAUGUUUAGACGAUCCCAGUAUGUGUUCACCCGAUGCUACGUGUGUCGCAAGCUCUGAGAAUCAUUUCCAGUGCAAGUGCAAUGAAGGUUUUGUGGGAAAUGGUGUUACAUGUACACCGAUGCUUCAAGAGAGAGAAAACCAAUUUCUUGUAACUCAAGGAAUGGCUGUUUUGAAGAUAACUGUUUCAAAAGAAAAAAAUGAAAGCCGACCGAUUGUUAUGAAACUAUUUCAGGAAGCAGUAGGAAUCGACGUGGACUGCCUGAGAGGCAGAUUAUAUUGGAGUGAUAUUGCAGGAAAAGUGAUAAAAAGUUCAUUCUAUAAUGGAUCGGAUGUCCAAAUAUUCUUAGAUACAGAUUUGGGGUCCCUUGAAGGUUUGAGUAUUGACUGGAUUUCAAGAAACAUAUAUUGGACUGAUUCCCAUAGAGAUACAAUAGAAGUUGCCAACAUAGAUCACAAAGGAAGGAAGAUAUUAAUUUCAAAUGGACUUACGAACCCGCGAGGAAUCGUAGUGCAUCCUGAGCUCGGAAAAAUGUUUUGGUCUGACUGGAACCGUAAUAGACCAAAAAUUGAAUCAUCAAAUCUGGAUGGAACUGAACGACAUAUAUUUUUGGAAAGCAUUCUAGUGGGUCUUCCAAAUUCUUUAGCUAUUGAUUGGAGUAGUAAUGAAUUAUGUUGGGCCGAUGCAGGAAUUCAUGCAAUAGGUUGUGCUGACAUAAGCACUUCGGAGUCUAGAAUUGUUGUUGAUGGAAUAAAAUACCCUUUUGGAUUAGCAAUUACUCCAAGCAGCUACUUCUGGACGGACUGGGAAACGCAAAAGAUUGAAAGUGCCCAGAAAAACAGUGGACAUAGAAAUCAUGCCAUAAUUACCUUAUCACCAGCGAUUGGAAAGUUAUAUGGAAUAGUGGCAGCCCGAAAAGAAUGUCCCAGGCUGACAAAUAAUUGUGCAUACAAAAAUGGUUUCUGUGGAAGUGAACAUCUUUGUCUCCCAAAAGGUUCAAGAGAACAUAAUUGUGUUUGUGCCAAUUUCAAUGAAGAAGGUUCAGGAAGUGAAUUUUCAUGCAAUGAAAUUGUGUAAAUGACUUAAGUAGUCUAGAGUAACAGGAACAAUGUUUAAGAUAUCUGCAAAACGUAGUUCACAAUUUUACGUAAAUAAUUUGUAAAGGAAAUGGAAUAAUCAUUAUUUCCUAUGUUGAUAUCCCAAAGUAGUAUUUCUUUAUUAUAUAUUUUGUCUACAAGAAAACAAGCCAAUCAUUUGCAGCGAACAAAUUAAUAUGCAUUACAAUAAUUAUUUCUAAUGUGAGUGAAUAUAUUUCUUUGUGUAAUAAAACUGAAGUAUUAAUUAAUAAAAAGUAUGAACUGUAUCAAUGACAAAAGAACUGAACAAUAAAAUUUCCAUUAAUGUUAUUCAUUAUUAUUGAGUUACCCAAUUUAUAUUACAUACCAU